UUCCAUGUGGUUUGUGAUGCGACUCAACUGUUAUUUGCAGUAUGAUCGAUAGAGUGACCAACGUCGUGCGGGAGAAACGCGAGCGUUACAUCAUUACACGCAUCGCUCUUGCUCCAGCCGACGUCGACGAGGUCGAACGACAGCUCCGUGUUGUCGGGGAUGCCACGGACCUUUUCCUUGUAGGCUCGUCUCAGCCCGAAUAUACGAUGUCGUUGCUCACAAGGAUGCAGAUGCUAGUCAGUGUGCGCCAAAUUGAGGGGUUGGGAGAGCUACGUACGCUCAAUCAGUCAUCGGAUGCGAAACUGGACAACUUGGUCCAGUUAGCUCUCAUGCAGCGGCUCGACCCGAUUGUAUCCGCGCAUCACGAUGCGAUGCAUAUCCCUUCCUGCACGGAGAAAACACGCAUCCAACUCCUGGACGAUAUAUAUACGUGGGCACUGGCGGAUGCACGACCGAUAUUCAUCCUGAACGGAGCAGCUGGAACAGGCAAGAGCACCGUCGCAAAGACCGUGUGCGCUGCGCUGGAGGGGAAAAGCCGCCUCGGAGGCAGUUUCUUCUGUUCUCGCGGCGGCAAGGCUGGGCAGCAGGAUGUAGAGUCCAUUUUCCACACACUUGCGUACUUCCUAUCGCACUAUUCACCCACAUUCGCCGCCGAAGUCGCUAAGGCUCUUCAAGAUGCCCCAGAUGUCGCGAAGUUUGUGAUCAAAAAACAGUUCGAUGUCCUGAUCGCGAGGCCCGCCAAGAUCGCAUUCACCACGGCAAACGCGGCGCCGGUGCUUGUCAUUGAUGCUGUCGACGAACUUGAGUGGCCUCGCAGCAAUAACGCUGCUACACCUAAAGAUCUCCUGGAUGUCAUCGUAGACCAGGCACCUCAGCUGCAUCUCAAGUUCUUCGUGACCAGCCGGCCGGAGGCAGGCCUAAGGGACAUGUUUGGGCCCCUUGACUCGGACUCGCGCAAACAUAUGCGGCUACAGGAUAUCACCCGUAACGUCGUCGACGCCGACAUCCUGAAAUAUCUGACCGAAGAACUCAAAGCCGUUCCGGCGUCCACAGAUGAUAUCAGCACUCUUGCGGCUCGUUCUGAAGGCCUGUUCAUCUACGCGGCCACGGCAUGCAAAUAUAUCAAAGCGCGUAACGCAUCUCCGGGGAUGCGGCUUCAAGCACUGACUUCUUCACGCGCGACCGCUCUCACUGGUAUCGAUGAGAUGUACGACUACAUCCUCGAGGAGGCUCUUCAGGGCUUGGAGAACAAUGAGGUGGAGGUGGUUCUACGAUGCCUCCACGCCGUCAUCUGUACGCGCAGUCCCCUCUCUGUCCCCGAGUUUGCGCCAUUGCUGCGCCUCACCCAUGAGCAGAUGCGCGGGGCGCUGGUCGCCUUGCAUUCCGUCAUCAACGUCCCCGACCGUGACGAUCUCCCAGUGACGACAUACCAUGCUUCCUUCCCCGACUACCUCACUACGCACAUGCGGUCAGGAUUGAAGCGAUGGGCUGCAGACACCGGAGCGACACAUCGCGACCUUUUCCUCGGGUGUCUCGAGACCAUGAACUCUGGCCUUUGCUUCAACGUGUCGGGUUCUAGCACGUCGUACGCUAUCAAUGCAGAGCAGCAACUGCGGCAAGUCCCUCCUUCGUACCUCGUUUACGCGUGUCGAUUCUGGAUCGAACACCUGACGAUGUCAUCCGUCUCGGAGGAACGAGCGACUCAAGAUGUCUUGGCUUUCUUUGGACAACAGUUCCUAUACUGGCUGGAGGUGAUGAGUGUCUGUAACCAUGUGGAUGUAGCCUCUUCACUGGUCAAGAGGCUGGAGGUCUGGCUCCGGGACAAGCAAACCACUCGAAACACGGAAAACGCGGAUGUGUCACAAUGUCUGCGACUUCUGCAGGACGCGUAUGACUUCCUCAUUCGCUUCCGGACGCCGAUCGUCAACAGCGCGCCACAUAUAUACAUCUCGGCUCUCGCAUUCACGCCUCCGGAGUCGGAGAUCGGCCAGGCAUAUCUCGGUCUGCUCGAGCGUGGACUGACGGUGGAUACUGCGGAACGGCUCACACCGUUACCCCUCCUGAAGAUACACGAGCAUUCUCGGGAAUCCAUUAGGCGAGCGAUAGCCUUCUCAGCCGACAGCAGGUACGUUGUGUCUGCCGCAGAUGACCGCGUCCGCCGCUGGGAUGCAAGGACAGGGGAGUCAAUUGGCCAGCCGCGGCAGGGACCUGACGUUCCGCAUUCUCGCCUCGCGCUCUCACCGGACGGAUCUCGCGCUGUGUCCUGGGAUGCCUGGUACUCGAGUGCCGUCCAUAUCUGGGACACUACACUGGAUCGCCCCAAUGGACGGUCGCUCAAAGUACCUAUGGAUGCCACAUCCGACAGCUUGGUAGUGUUCUCGCCCGAUGGCAAGUGGGUCGCAGCCGGUAUCACAAUGCCGAAAGGUCGCGACUUCGCCAUUUGCAAAUGGGACGCGGACACGGGUGACCCCAUCGGCCAACUGCUUGAACUGGCAGGAUCGGCAUACGACUCGGACGACCGCGAGUUUGUUUCGAUUGUGUUCGCGCCCAAUGGCAAGCGAAUCGCUGCAGUAUUCGAUUAUACUAGCUAUAGCAACAUUCCUGUAGCGGCGCAAGCGCCGUCCCCGACUCCAUAUAAGAUGAUACAAUAAUCUACAUAGAUUUCAAACUCCGCUUUAGUGGUACAACAUAG